AUGGACACCGAUCUUACUAUUCCAUUCCAAUUCCCUGUCCCAGCCGAAGACAUGAACAUUGAAGAGGACAUUCUGACCGAACGUUUUGCGUUCUGGGAUUCACCGACCACAUUUAAAUGGUUCGAAGCACGCGGAUACACGCUCUACAAGCGGAUGCCUACUGGAGAGGACGACCUCGUCCCCAACUUCUACACGGUUCCACGGUUGCCUUCUCAGAACGUCGUGGAGGCGGAAUAUCCCUAUCCCUAUCAUGAAAGCUACACCUGUAACGGGAAAGAAUACACACGCUGUGCGAAGGAUUGUUCACCCUCUUCCCCCCCUUUCUUUUGUAUAAAAUUACCCUUGAUAGACCAUGAAAACGGACGAAAUAUCCCAAUCAUUGUGCUAUUCCGUCCCCAGCAAGGAAAAUCCACGUAA